UUUAAAACUUUUAACUCUCCCGCCAACAAUUCACACAGAACAACACAGAAAUGAAAGGUCAUCACCAUCUCCCGGCGCACAAAGAUCACGAGAACGUCAAUCGCAAGUUGAAAUGGAGCAGCGAACAUUCUAGAACACCGAAAAAAAUCGCCAGAAAAAUUUUGGAUUCGGUGUUGACGACUGUGUCGGAGGACGUUCCGAUCGAAUCAGCCAAGGAUUUGAUUGGUACGAGUUCAAGUUGUGAAGUAUUGGAUGAGAUUCAGCUGAAUGAAUCACCGGAGAGUUCUAUGAAUUCAUCAAGUGCAGCUGCAGUUGUUUCACCAUCAGUUGCAUCAACACCUUCUGAUCUCUCUGGAUUGAACUCCACAAUCUGUUCCGAUGCCUCAUCAAUCGCCUCUGACUUCUCCCCCUUGCCCUCCGCAAUUACUUAUAACAUGGUUCAAGCUAAUAAUGUCAAACUCAACCAUAAUACUGCAGAUUCAGGUCAUACCAUGACGAGAGAGUCACUGAAGGCAGAUAUAUUUGCAAGGAAAUUUAGACAGGCGGGGACUCAAAGCUUUAAGCCAAAUGAUAUGAUACUUUUAUCUGACAAUGUGAUGGAGGUACUGUUGAGGGCUGUGAUUGAGGAUCUGAAUAAUCUGCCUGAGAAGAAUGAUAGGUUCACUGCAACAGUUGAGAACAAAGUCUACAUUGUCCUAAAGAAGGUUUUCUCCGCCAUUCUGACUUUGAUGCUGGUGAUCAUUGUUGUGGGAGCUUUCGUCUUCAGUGCAGGAGAUGGAGGCUCUUACCAUGGUCUUGUGCCAACAUGAUACUUCCAUUGCAAAUUCAUUCAUCCUCAUGUGGUAAGUUUUUACAGUUAUUCUUUCUUGUAUCUACUUUUGGAAAGAAAUACAGGAGUGUUUAUAUUGUUUCCAUCUAUUAUAGUUUACUCAAACUACUUAACUGCAACUUACUGUCUAGCAGUGAUGAUCAUAUUCUACAGUUUCAGUGCUAUCAUUGAUUAGGUUGGAUGUAAAAAAUCACAGAACUCUUUGCUUGGACGCAUUUAUACAAAAAGUAAUUCUUGAUC